AUGAUGACAUGCCCGAGCUGCGACGACCAUGGCGUCGUCGAACCUGCAACGGCCACGGAGCAGGAGGAUGUGGUGUCAAGCGACGAUGAAGACGAGUCGGACGAAGCUGACGGUGCUUCGUCAGACGAGGAAGCACAUGCUGCUGCGCUACUGGAUGGCGAAGAGAGUGCGCCAGAGGGAACGUUUCAGCCAGAGGACAACUUCGACACGCUCAUGGAGGUGUUUCGCCUCAUUGUCGGCUGCAACAACGGUGCGGGUCUCUCGAACGAGAGUACGGUGUGGCUCCUGAACCUUCUGCGCGACGAGCGUCUUGAGCUGGCGCGUAUCCAACGUUGGCGAACGUUGUACGCCGUGAUUCGGUUCGGCAUGAACCUGCUGAUGUCUAGCCGCAAUUACGAGACGACCUCGUUCACCAUUCCUGGAUGGGAUGGCACGUUCGAGGUGGUGCGCACUAGCGGGACGGAGGUCUCGUGCACGCAGCAGCAGGCCUCAGCGAUGCCUUGCUCUAUCUGCUACGUGGGGCGAGGUCAGCUCCGGGACAUGGAGCGGGAGCCAGCCGACCACCGCACGGUUCAGCAGCAGGAGCAGCUGGUGGGCGACCCGACAGAGGCGAAGGCGUACUCGACCAUUCCAAUCCCGACCAUGUAUCCCGACGCACGCCUGGCAGGACUUCGCCCUCCCGGGUCUGGCAGCUACUGGGCCAGUGGCGCAAACUUCACCGCCAGCGAGCAUGCCUCUGCCAUGAUGCUCGCACCGUUCGCGCUCGAGGGGGAGGGUGAGGUCGUCAACAGGCUGGCGCUCGUGACUGUGCUCGAGUGGCACGAGUCUGGUGUGUGUGGUCCAAGUCACUCUGACGUAUCCCUUGGAGACUUCGAGCAGGCCACAAAGAGGCGCGCCGGGUUACCGAGCCAGUACUCGGCGGCUGUGUACGAGAACGCACACAUCCGCACGUGCAAGCUGCCCUACAGGACCUCCAACCGACGCCAGCCUCUGCAGGCGAUCGCGGCGCACAACGUGCGCGCCGCAGCGCUGGCGCAGCUGGCAACGGCCCUUCCAGCCCGCAGGCGCAACCAGACGGCAUUGACCCGGGCCAUUGCGGCGGGCACCCCCCAGCUGACGGCAUCGCGCAAGUCCCUGACUGCGCGGCCCGACCACGACCUUGACGCGGGCUCGGUGUUUGAGGAGAUCAACAAGGCCGUGGGGGGGCUCCUGAUGUACUACGACACUGUGAUGCGCCACGCUGGCCUGCGCCCCUUCCCCGCCUGGGCGCACAUGGCAGUGGCGCUGCCGGCGCAGCCAACCGACCACAGGCACAUCAAGCCCCAUUAUACCCGGGCUGCAGCAUCGCUGCACGGGCGCACGGCUUUCUCCUGCGUGGAGUACGACUCGGCCCGUGGGCAGACCCAGUACGGGCGGCUGCUCAUGCUGCUGGAUGCAGAGCGUCCGCUGGACGACAGCAGGCAUGAGCCUGUAGAGGUGGCCGUGCUGCAGAGGCUGACCCCCCAGGGCCUCGACGAGUGCACAGGCUGCCAGAUGCUCGGCCCGCCCGGGGCAAUCAAGCCCUCAUCUUCCUCACUUGCUCACUACUCUUUCUUCCUGUUUUCCUUUCUCUCCCCUCUCUGCUCCUCGUCCCUCGCCCCAUCAUCCCCCUCAGGCACCAUCCCCGCCUUCUGCAAGGGCGAGUACCCAAUGUUUUACCUCAAUCUCGCCUCCAACGCCCUCUCCGGCCCGCCCACCCCGCUCUCCUCCCCCGCCUGCGCCGCCUCCCUCGAAUAUCUCAACUUUGCCUCCAACCGCCUGUCCGGCCCCAUCCCCGCUACAAUCAGCUCCUUUACAAACCUCACGCGCCUCCGCCUCGACAAGAACAGCCUCACGGGGGCGAUCCCUGCUGGUGGUCUUCUUUGGCACGCUGUAGCCAUGGCCCGUAAGCGCAAGAGCGUAGCUAGUUCUGUUGACUUGUGCCCGCGGGAUCUCGACGAGAUCCCGUACAUCGCUUGGAUGAACAAACAAAUCGCGGCCGGCCGCAAGCCCGCCGGCCCUUUGCCCGAAGGAGCGCCUGGUGCGGGGGACACCUCGUUCGAAGCCCCGCGCGAUGUCCCUACCCGCGGACGCCGUCAUGCCGACCGGGUUGCCUCAUCCCGCGUCAACGACGAUGCUACCUUCGAUGACGAUGAUGACGCCGCGGACUCUGAUUACAACGAGUGCGACGAGGCCUGCGAAGACGACGCGGACUCUGGCGAGGAGCAGGACAAGGGCAUGUCCCCCUCCGAGGAUGAAGUUGACGCCGACGAGGACGCCGAUGACGACGAGGACGCUCCCGAAGAGGCCCAGCCUGCGUCCCCGGCUUCUCGUCGCGGCCGUGCAUCUGCCGCUGCGGGAACCAAGACUGCUGCUAAGGGCGGGGAACCUCCGCGUGCCGCUGCCAAGACCCGUAACUUGCAUCCUGUUAAGCGGAGCGUGUGGUCCCCCCGCGAGAACACAAUCUUCGUGGCUGCGCGUUGGUUCAUGAAGGACGAGCUCGGGCCCCUCCUCGGGAAGCAGGGCUCUCAGUACUGGGCCCGCCUCGCGCGUCACCUCGAGAAGGAGAAUCCCGGUUGGGUGCGCGGUGUAAACGCGCUUCAGAAGCAGUGGCGCAAUCUUGUGAACAUGUACAAGCAGAUCAAGAAGGGGGAAAAGGCGAGCAGCAAGGGUGCCGUGUGCAAGCCCCACUGGUACCCGUACAUGGCGCUUUUCCAGAACAACAAGGCGGUGGGCAACCCUCACGCCGUCGACGGUGGCGGUGCGGCACACGUCAACGUGCCGUGCGGGUACGCGGUCCCGUCCACUUUGGCGCCCUGCACCUCUACGCCGACAUUCACUGAGACGGCGACGAUGGCCACUGCAAAGCUGGUGUGCGAGACGAUCAAAGGCUGCCACUCAGACGCCAUGAGCAGGCUCGAAGGCCUCGUCCGCGCGUGGAUGGAUCAGGACGCGCGUAUUGCUCGGGAACGCGUGCAGCAGCCCGCACCCUCCCCGCAUGUCCGCGACGACAUCCCUGCCCACGCGGACAACAUGACCGACUCGCACGCCGCCGAAGGCGGCGACGACGGCUGGCUUCGUGGCGGGCAGGCGGGCGAAGACCCCUCUAACCCAGAUGCGGGUGAGGAGGUGUGGGUCCGCGGCGCCGCCGAGUGA